AUCAGCUGUGUUCUGUAUUCUCUUCAGUCUAAAUCAUUUCUACAGGAGCUCAGCAACAUACAAAGGAUGAAGUGGUGGUUCCUCUGGUGGCUGCUCCUGUCUUUGGUGUUUCAUAAUAAAUGUCCUAGUGGAAGUCAAAUGUCAUGUGAGGACAAAAAAUCAGAUUCAUCAGAUUCAUAUGAGGAAGGGGAUUCAGGCUCACACGAAGAUGAAAAUCAAGGUUCAUGUCCAAAACAUUGUAAAUCUGAGAUGAUUCCAAACAAAAGACCAACGGUUUCAGAUGCUAAAUGUUGUAUGGAAGUCGUGAACAGCAUUUUGAACAGUGGAAAUGGCCAGGACUCUAUUGAAACCAUUGAGUGUCUAGAACAAAUUCUAGAGGAAACACAGGUGAAUGAAACUGUAUGCAUGUCUGUCCCUCAUUUGGUGGCUGUCCUGCUCAAACCCAAAUACCCUUUUGAAGGCGUGGACAUUUAUGCCAGUGACACAGAGGCAGCAUUAAACCAGUCGGUCACCAACAGCAAAGUGAAUGUUCGACUGCCAAGAGAGUUGUACGCUGGAACAGACAACACGAUUGUGUUUUGUAUGAUUACGUGGCUGCAAACAAACUGGACCAUACUCAGAGCCCCAGGUGUACUGUAUGAAAACAGACUGGUUGGCCUGAGUGUGCGCAGCAAGAAUAUUUCAGGAUUACAGGAGCCUGUCACCAUCACCAUGGCUCUUUCCACAGACAAAAAUGAGACUAAAAGUCCCAAGUGUGUGUUCUAUGAUUUUUCAAGAAAAGAAUAUUGUAGUGAGGGCUGCCUAACCCUUUGGGACAGUGGACAGAGUCACAUCACCUGCUCCUGUGACCACCUCACAUACUUUGGUGUGCUCUUGGUGCCUGCUGACAUCUCACCUGAAGACCAGGAGAUUCUGAAAUACAUCUCUCUGAUUGGCUGUAGUCUUUCACUUUUUGCCCUGGUCAUCACCAUUUUCCUGUUCAUCAUCAAUAGAAAAGUUAGAGCAGAUGUCGCUAUGAAGAUCCACAUCAACCUCGCCGUUGCCCUAAUCCUACUCAACAUACACUUUAUGCCCAGUAAGGCAGUGGCGGAUCUGUCCUCCACUUGGCUUUGCUUUUACGUGGCUGUUAGUCUUCACUACUCCCUACUGGCCUCUUUCAGCUGGAUGGCCUUGGAGGGGUUCCACAUCUACCUUCUCCUAGUCAGAGUCUUCAAUAUCUAUGUCAAGAGAUACCUGCUCAAACUGGCUGUGGUGGGAUGGGGUGUUCCUGCAGUCAUUGUGUCACUGGUGAUGAUCAUAGACAGAGACGCCUAUGGUCACGUCUCUGUGGACUCUUCUAACCCCAACAGCACUAUGAUAUGCUAUAUAACCAAUGACACAGUAAAGCUGGUGACUACAGUGGGAGUAUUUGCCCUGGUGUUCAUCUUUAAUGUAAUCUUGUUCGGGGUGACAGUCAGACGUGUUUUGAGUUCCCACCCUAGCAAUGAGAGUGACAGUGCCAGAGUCAAGCGAGACAUCUGUACCCUGAUGGGAGUCGUCACUCUCCUUGGCAUCACCUGGGGCCUGAUAUUCUUCUCAUUUGGCCACCUGACCACUCCUGGCCUCUAUAUGUUCUGCAUCCUGAGCUCACUGCAAGGUUUCUUCAUCUUCCUGUGGUUUGUGAUGUCUCUGAAGAAGAAUAGAAACUCAGCUACAAAGACAAGCAAAGAAACACAUACCAGCAACACCUAAGCCUUAUAUUAUACCAAGCCAUUUUUGUGUGUGUGUUUAUGGGUGUCGGGGGAAGUUAUACUGAAAUACUAUAAAGUUUGACAUCAUUAUUUCUAGUUUAGAUCAGUGCUAAUUUAAAGUGUCAUAAAUAUACCCGUGUUGUGCUCAUAAAAACUUUGUGGUGAGGGGUUUAUUUAACCAUCCAUUGGGCAAAAUGCAGGAAAACAUUACAUUAUUUUACCUCAACCACUAUGUUCACAAGUGUAUGAACAUUUGAACCAAGGAGUAUUUAUCUGUGAUAGUCACACCUUUAGCAACUCUUUCAUUUUGAAAGAAAAGCUGUGUCAGGAAACCAACUAAACAAAAAGAGAAGCAGCUCUAAUUCUCCAGCCCAUAAUUUAUUAUAUUGUAGGUGUGGUUGUGCAUUGUAACCCUAGUUCUCUGCAGGCAGUAGGAGCCCUCGUGCCAAAAUACUUAUACUACUGUGCUCUGCAUCCUCUAAACUUCAUUGUCUGGUGCAUUGGCAGAUAAUCGUAAGAAAAUGUAAGAGUAUGGGAAAAUGGUGAAGUGAUGAUAUGAUCCCAGGAUGACUGUUAGGGAAGAGAGAGAAAGCACCAAGUAUGUCUACUGGCUAAUGCAUCCACUCCCACUGGAUCAUCCACAGGUGAGAGGGAAAACAGGAACUGGCGCAGGUUGUUUUUCUGCCUCAAAGCACACAUACAGUGCCUUUCCUGCAUCGUGGCCACAUCUGAUCUGGGUUUUAAGUGCAACUCACCAGGUAGAUUCUGUCUCCUACACCUGCAGCACAGUGCAAUAGAAAUAUAUCUGUUGUAUAUUCUAUUUGAAAUACUGAUACUGUAUGUGAACAUUUUUCCCGAAUUGUUUUUUGUUAGA